GAGACCCUGCUGAAGAAGGGACGCAUCCUGUAGACAUGAUCCGCGGUCUGGUGCGACUCCUGGCGCUUCCUCCGCCCGCUGUGCGCUGCAAAUCCACUGCCAAUCUGGACUACUCCCGCUUUCCCACGCUCCAGGAGUCCGAGAUCGAGGAGACCUUCAUGCGCGGCAGUGGUCCCGGUGGCCAGGCGGUGAACAAGACCUCCAAUUGCGUGUUCCUGCGCCAUCUGCCCACCAACAUCACCAUCAAGUGUCACACCCAUCGAUUGGCUUCUAAAAACCGGGUGGAAGCGCGAAAACUCCUGCUCGAGAAACUGGACAUCCAUCUUAAUGGGGAGCAUUCAAUUGCGGCGCAAAUCAAGGCCCAGGAGCAGAGAAAGUCCACAGAGCGGCGGCGACGUCAGGGAAAACUGCAGGAAAUGAAGAAAAGCUGGCAGGACAGAGAGCGCACAGAUGGAGGAAACGAAUCCACAGAUAAAUAGCUAAUGUACAAUCUCUUAAACAUAUAUUUUAGUAUGGGUAGAGGCUACCAACUGGAAAAAUUUCCAAAACCAUU